CCCUGGGCGGGCCGGUCGUCAUGGUAGCGGUCGGACGCACGGCUCGGCGGAGGGAAGAUGGCGGUGACAGGCUGGCUGGAGAGCCUGCGGGCGGCCGAGAAGACUGCGCUGCUGCAGGACGGGAGAAGGAAGGUGCACUAUUUGUUCCCAGACGGGAAGGAAAUGGCCGAAGAAUAUGAUGAGAAGACAAGUGAACUGCUUGUCAGAAAGUGGCGUGUAAAAAGUGCCCUGGGAGCCUUGGGCCAGUGGCAGAUUGAGGUGGGAGAGCCAGCACCCCACGGAGCAGGGAACCUGGGGCCUGAACUCAUCAAGGAAAGCAAUGCCAAUCCCAUCUUCAUGCGCAAGGACACCAAGACGUGUUUCCAGUGGCGGAUUCGAAACCUCCCCUACCCUAAGGAUGUCUAUAGUGUCUGUGUGGACCAGACGGAGCGCCGUGUUGUUGUCAGAACAACCAACAAAAAGUACUACAAGAAGUUCUCCAUUACUGAUCUGGACAGAUACCAGCUACCUCUGGAUGAUUCUUUGCUGAGCUUUGCUUAUGCCAAUUGCACCCUGAUCAUCUCCUACCAGAAGCCAAAGGAAGUCCUGGUGGCCGAGUCAGAGCUGCAGAAGGAGCUAAAGAAGGUAAAGAUGGCCCACAGCAGUGACGGGGACUGUAAAACCCAGUAGUGGGCCCUGAGCCUGCACCUCCGGCAUGGAGGGUGAGUGAGCUCUUCUGUCACCUGUAAGACUCACAGCCUGGGCCUUUCUGGCACAGGGCAGCCUCCUCUCUUCCAGCAGCUCUACAAGCUCUGCAAGAACUGGCCCCGGGGCACGCCUGGCCCCUGCAUCAUGGUCUUCUCUCUGAGUAAAGUUUUGAGUCACUGCGGGAGCACUGCCCUCUUGUCCACUUCUGUCUGCUCCUACGCCCAGGGAAGGAGCUGGUGACGACACUCCCUUCUCUAUCCUAGGGACCUUCCACAGCCAAAGGGGUGGGUGGUCAAUGAGAGGGUUUCCUGAAAAAGAGAAAACCUUUGUUCUUUGGGACACUGAGCCAUGAGGCUGGUCUUACUCUUUCCCAGCAUGUACAUCCCAAAAUUUGAAUCCGUUGUCCCCUCUCCAGCAAGUGAGGAACCAGAUCUUUGAAC